AUGGCUAUGGAAUCAUCCAGCAGAACUUUUUCUUUGAUUGGCCCUUUAAUAGCGGUGGCAGCUAGCGACAAGUUUACGAUACGCAAAUGGAUUAUGGACCAUCUAAGCCAGGAAGACAUGGAUCACACACUGCGACUAGUGGUAACUGUAAGCCAGAAUAGUUUCUAUCGGGUGUUGGCAGUAGCAGAGAAACUUCAGUUUAACUUUGACUAUCCGGAUGCGUUCAACGAGCGGCGUAUGCUAAAAACGCUGUAAGAUGUUCUGCAUGUAAAGGUGGAAAUUAACGAGUACGAUUAUCGAACAAAUUCCGUUUGUCCGGACCGAAAACUUGUCAUCUAUCCGACCGACGUGGUGUUGUUCGAAAGCAUUUUGAUCUACUUUCCGAAAAUUUGAGAUUUGUUUUAUAUAAUGCUGUUUGUGGACACGGAUUCCGAUACGAGAUUGGCUAGAAGAGUGCUUAGAGAUAUAAAAGAAAGAGGACGAGGUUAAACUCAAAUUUUGAAUGCCUAUAUUACCUUUGUGAAACCCGUCUUCGAAGAAUUUUUUUAUUUUUCUUAGCUUCAAGUACAGAAUAAAUGCUUACCAGUUUGUAUUGCUGUAACGAUUAGUGAAAAGACAUAUUCUCCGCAGUACAGUAUGUGAUGAAUUGAAUAAAAGCUAAAACAUGUUGAAUUUUGAAAAGUAGUUUAGGAAAAUACGCAGUUGUCAGUUAUUGAAUUAAUCACAUAGGGAAAUAUUUUCUUUAAAAGUCGGUUGAAAUGUAAUGGAAACAAUCAGGGUUUCUGUGAAUAUUUAU